CAGAGCGCUUUGCUCGCGGCGCGGCCUGUUUAUAAAGUUGUUGUUGCGGCUUCCGCCGCGGGUGGAGGAAGAUGGCGUCGGGCGGUGGCGGCUGUAGCGCUUCGGAGAGACUCCCCCCACCCUUCCCCGUCCUGGACCGCGAGCCCGAGGGCGCGGCCGGCGGCUCGGAGCCGGAGGCGGGGGACAGUGACACCGAGGGAGAGGACAUCUUCACCGGCGCCGCGGCGGCCAGUAAGCCCCAGUCUCCAAAGAGCAUCACUUCCCUUCCGCCUUUCUCUCACGGCUCCAAAGAAAAUGGGAUCCAUGAAGAGCAAGACCGAGAGCCUCAGGACCUCUUUGCAGAUGCCACUGUGGAACUAUCCCUGGACAGCACACAGAAUAAUCAGAAGAUGCCAGCCAGAACGCUCAGUUCUCCGUCACAGGAAGCCACAAAUUCUUCUAAGCUCCACUUACCCAGCUAUGAGGAGCUAGAGGAAGAAGAACAGGAAGAUGACUUUGAUUUGACAGUUGGCAUUACUGACCCUGAGAAGAUAGGGGACGGUAUGAAUGCCUAUGUAGCCUACAAAGUCACAACGCAGACAAGCCUACCAAUGUUCAGAAGUCGACAGUUCUCCGUGAAGAGGCGAUUUAGUGACUUUCUGGGCCUGUAUGAGAAGCUCUCCGAGAAGCACUCUCAGAACGGCUUCAUCGUGCCACCUCCGCCUGAGAAGAGCUUGAUCGGAAUGACUAAAGUGAAAGUUGGGAAAGAAGAUUCUUCUUCUGCAGAAUUUCUUGAGAAACGGAGGGCGGCUCUAGAAAGGUACCUUCAGAGGAUCGUGAGUCACCCGACCAUGUUACAGGAUCCCGAUGUCAGGGAGUUCUUGGAGAAAGAAGAGCUGCCACGCGCUGUGGGUACCCAGACACUAAGUGGUGCUGGUCUCCUUAAGAUGUUCAACAAAGCCACAGAUGCAGUCAGCAAAAUGACGAUCAAGAUGAAUGAGUCUGACAUUUGGUUCGAGGAGAAGCUGCAGGAGGUCGAGUGUGAGGAGCAGCGCUUGCGGAAACUGCACACAGUCGUCGAGACGCUCGUCAGCCACAGGAAAGAGCUCGCACUGAACACAGCCCAGUUUGCCAAAAGCCUGGCCAUGCUCGGGAGCUCCGAGGACAACACGGCGCUGUCGCGAGCCCUCUCCCAGCUGGCCGAGGUGGAGGAGAAGAUCGAGCAGCUGCACCAGGAACAGGCCAACAACGACUUCUACCUACUGGCCGAGCUCCUGAGCGACUACAUCCGCCUCCUGGCCAUAGUGCGGGCUGCCUUCGACCAGCGCAUGAAGACGUGGCAGCGCUGGCAGGACGCCCAGACCAUGCUGCAGAAGAAGCGUGAGGCCGAGGCCCGGCUGCUCUGGGCCAACAAGCCUGACAAGCUGCAGCAGGCCAAGGACGAGAUCACAGAGUGGGAGUCGCGCGUGACUCUGUACGAGCGGGACUUCGAGAGAAUCUCAACUGUGGUCCGGAAGGAAGUGAUCCGUUUUGAGAAAGAGAAGUCCAAGGAUUUCAAAAACAACGUGAUCAAGUACCUUGAGACCCUCUUGUCCUCACAGCAGCAGCUGGCCAAGUACUGGGAAGCCUUCCUGCCAGAGGCUAAGGCCAUCUCCUAAUGACCAGAGACGCCAGAGCCACCUGCCCGACGCUGCCUUUUUAUACACUCUGUCUUCCUCCGCCGGAGCCCAGUGACCGUCCUCUGGACCCCUCCACCCCCCGCGACUGUGCCAUCCCUGCCACCCUUAACUGUUCCGUAGCUUCCACAUAUAUUUUCUUACCUGAGAGAAUAGUUUCUUGCUUUAAAGCAAAAGACCUCCAGUAGGUGGUGGAAUUAUGGGCUGGGUGGACUAUGAUAUAAAUAUAUAAAUACAAAUGUAUAUUUUUCAGGAUGUGGUUAGGAACUGGGAAUAACGUUUUCUGUUACUCCUGAUGGUGCCAUGAAAAGAUUAUGUAAUAAAAUCUUUAAAAAUCA